AUAUGCACUAAGCGACAUAACAAACAAAAUGUGUGCGGCAAUUUUACGAAACAGCAUUAAAUGCAUAAAUUUCAGAAUAAACACAACAGCUUUAACCAAAAGCAAUUUCUGCACAAGCGCAGUUCGCGGCAACUGGCGCCACAGGGAUUCGGAUAAUGUGGAACAAAAUCUUUUAAAGUUGGAUAACUUACCAGAACAUUAUCAGUUGAUUUAUCGGGCACCAUUGGAGAACUAUGUGACCUGGACGAAGAAUGUGUCGACCGGCACAGUUACAGUAAUUGGUUUGGUUGCCGGCUGGCAGCUGGCCUCAACGAUGAGCUAUAUGAAUAUUGCCCGGAAAAUAGAUAUUUCCGUGCUGGUAUCGAAUGAAACAGAUUUGUAUUAUUUUGCGGCCGGAUUUGUGCUCAUUAACCUGGCCAUACGUGCAUUUGUUGCCAAAUAUCCGCUGAGAAUAUACAAAAGCGCCGAUAAAUACGUUGCUGUCUACGGCUCACAAAUGCCAGUGGGCACAGUUAAGCAUUAUUUUGAGCGUGGCCAAAUUGCCGAGUACAGGAAUGUGUUAAAUCCUUGGAGUCACAUUAUGUUCAUGCUGGGCCGGCGUUCGUCCAUGCUAUUGAUUGAUUAUUUCAAGACGCCGUCGGAAUUUCAUCAGUUGUUUCAAGAAAAACAAACCUAACUUUAAGCUAUUUUUA